AUGCGUUGCCGCACCAGACUCGGCCUCCUUCCUAUUCUUUCGUCGAUCUCCCUCGACUUGGUCUUCGUACGUCGAGAUCGAGAGAGGCUCUUACCUGGGAGGCUGGGAGAGAGCAGUCAGGCAGCGGCGAUGACUCGAAGCACAGUCCGACGGUGGCGGCUAGCGCGACGCCCGCAGCCACCUCACACUCCCUCGAUCUUCAUCCUAUUAGCUUUCGCCACUGUCACGCCGGUCCAGGCCCUGCCUCUGCCCGAGGCCAUGCUAGGGCGCCGCCACCCACCUCAUCCCCUUUGCACACCCAAUCUCUCUUUCAGAUUCAGACCCAGGCUGCUCAUCGGUGUCGAUCCCCAGCCGAAGCAUGAACAUCGAUCCAGGCAGGCCUCCUCUACGAAUUCAGCCACUGGGGCAUGGCUCCCCUGCGGUUUGAAUCUGGGCGCUCGUCAACAGAGCAGCCAGAGAGGUGAGCUCUGGCUUUGGAUGCGUGGAGGGUAG